GCGUUUAUUCGGAAGAGCCAUUUUGCUAUAAAGCAAACCUACUUUUAUUCUGAAUAAAAUAAUGGAUAUUAUUGAUUUUAUCAUACUUAAAUAAAAUAAAAGUAGUUAUUUGAUUAAGUGGCACAGUAAUUUUUAGUUAAUUCGUGCAAUAGUAAAAAGUUUGCCAAUGUUGUAAUAAAACAAUAUUAGAUAUGUUCUUUAAGUGAUAGGAUAAUCCGGUAUGGUGUCAAUAAAACAAGAAUUGGACUUAGAAACUAAGAAAAAACCUGAACAUGUUGAAAGGAAAGAUCCAACCUCAUUUUUACCAGAUGAACCUAUGUCAUAUGAAAUCAAAGAGAAGAAGAGAAAAAAGAAAAGAAAGAAACAGGAAGACCCAUUCAAAGAUCUAGAUGAGAAAACUCCAGCUGGAACUCAUAUUGAUUCAACUUUAGAGCUUACAUUGGAUCCAGAAGUAUCUAUUAAAGUUGAAAAUAUUGAGGUUGAGUUAGAUUUUAAUGAUUUUGCCAAUACCAGUGGUCUCAUGGUGGAAGGUCCAAACAGCGAAGACAGUCAAGAACCAGUCGUGAAACUAGAAGAACAAAACAAGGAAGCGGUGCUUCUAACAUUCGAGAGCAUAAUUAACAAUCAAACAGAACUUGCCUGCGAACAACAAUCUGCUAUAAUAGCAGGACCUUCCCAAGUCUGCAAAGUGUGUCAUCUAGUCUUUCAAUCAACGAAAACUUUAGAAAUGCAUCAGAAAAGGAAGCAUAAGUCGUUUAGGAAAUCUUUUAAACAUAUCUGCGAUUACUGCGGUAUGUCUUACGAAAUGAAGAACAGUUUAGUUUCUCAUAUUAAAAGGAAACACGCACCUGGAACUACUCCGGAUGAUAAUGAGGAGAGAACGUGCGAUAUUUGCGCUCUAGUCUUUAAGGGAAUCACCAGAUUAAGAAUGCACAUGAGAAGGAAGCAUGGGUCGUUCGCGGAAUCAUUCAAACAUGAGUGCGAAGAUUGUGGAUUGACAUACGAUAAAUACAGAAGUCUGAUAGUGCACAGACAGCGGAAACAUUUGAACGAUAGGAAACCGGUUGUGAACCAAUGGUUCAAUUGUCCAUUUUGUCCCAAAGCGUUUAGUAAGAGAGAGACUUAUUCGCGACAUGUCCAAAGGAAACAUAAAGUGUCUGAAGAGGAAACGGCGAAAGCUGAAGAUGAUUUAGUAAGUUGCAGGAAUGAGGAGACUGGGGAGAUAACUUGUAAGGAGUGUCCUUUAGUGUUUUCGACAAUGAAUUUUCUGAAAUUACACAUGAGGAGAAAGCAUAAUGCUUUAAAAGAAGACUUCAGACUGAAGUGCAGGAUUUGUAACCUGUCCUAUGACAAGAUAGAGAGCCUCAAAAGACACAUUAGAAGGAAGCACGACAAUGACACUCAUUGUGAAGUGUGCAAUAAGAAGUUUGACUCGAAAGAGUCUUAUAUUAACCAUUCUCACAUAAAAGUCAUUAAGGAGUGCAAUAUUUGCGGAUUAAUUUUCGCAUCGCAAGGCGGUUUAGCGAAGCAUAUGCGGUGUACGCAUAAAAUAGAUUCGCCAAAUGUAACCUAUUGUCAUAUAUGCAAUAAGGGUUUUCACGAUAAAAGGCAACUGAAGCCGCAUCUAAUGAAAGUCCAUAUGAAAGUUUCGUACACUUGUAAAUAUUGUAAGAAAGUAUUCAAAGCUAAAGAGAGUUACAGAAGGCAUGUGCUGUUCAAGCAUCCAGUAAACAAUCAUUUUGUCUCUCAAAUGCAUCAAUGUGAUCAGUGUCCGGAGAAGUUUACAGACGAAUUCGAAUUGUGUCGACACAUAAAUUUGACACACGGCGAGGUGUUGGGUGAUGGGAAACUACCAUUUGUCACUGUGAAAAAAGAGGAAGACACGAAAGAUCUGUUUCAAUGUACGAAAUGCCCAGACGUAUAUUCGUCCUUCGAACAAAUCAAAUUGCAUUACGAGCAGAACCAUCACUACGGUCCGGAGACACAGUGUCAGUUAUGCGGUGAAAUGAUGCAUAGCGGCGAAGUGCAGAAGCACAUAAAAAACGUGCAUACUGUUACCUCGCAUACUUGUAAAUAUUGUGAAUUUAAGACUACAAACAAAACAAGUAUGACUCAACACGUUUUGAGACAUAAGAACGCUACGACAUUACACUGCGACUUCUCCGGGUGCAAAUAUAAGAGUUACUACGAUGGUGCUAUGCAGAAGCACAAACAGAAACAUGAGGAAUUGGGUGUUAAAUUACAAUGCUCCAAAUGUCCUUUUCAGACGAUGAAUAAAUAUAUAUUGAAAUAUCACGAGGAAGCGCAUAUGACUGGCAAGAAACGAUAUGCAUGCGAUCAAUGUGAUUAUUCCACAAUACUGCCAGCGAAUUUGGUGCAACAUAAAUAUAAACAUUCUAAUGAGAAAAGGUUCAAAUGUGAAGUUUGCCCUUUCGCCACAAAGUACAACACGUCUUUAAGAUUCCAUGUUAAGAAAAAACACUGUGAUUUACCCAGUUUCAGUUAAUUUUAUUUUUUGUUUUGUUUAUGUAUUUAAUUAUUAAAGUAUUUGGUGUUAUUGACAUA